CCCGAGCGUAGAUGCCACAUGCGCCCCACCUCGCGGAGCGAUGAUUCCAUGGUAACCGGGGUGGGUUCGCAGACCACAACAGACGACGUUCGUUCGCUCAGUCGAAUAGACUGCGAGACUCGAGAAGAGCGUGUUCUAUCUUUGCCGGUGUGAUUUCUCGUCUUUUUUUUUUUUGCAUACUUGUGUAUUGUGUUCAAUUACGUCUAGUUCGAUAACAUAUUUUUAAAGGUUCAUCAUACCGGUGGAAUCUCUAACGCGCACGAAAGCAAAGUGGAACGCAAACAAAACAAUAGAACAAUAUCUAUCCUACGGUUGUUGGAAAAGAGAAACUUCAUUGUCAAGUUGGGGUCGCAUUCGCGGCCCAGACAUCAGCAGAGGUGGCGUGGGGGACGGCAGUGAUGGAAUUGCAGAGCUGGCUGCUCUAUCAUCUUGUAGCUGUAACCGACUGCAAUCAAGUUACUUUUGCCUGAGUUUCGACCGUGCUCACAGAACACUUCUUUAUUUCAUUCACAAUCCCGUUAUCGCCUAGAGGAAACAGCGGUCUACCAAUGUUUGAUGUGAUGCAGUCGGCGACUACAUUGAACGGCGGAUCUUAUCCCGCCGGGGGCACCGGAAGCCGCGCUCGUGAUUUAGGUCUUCGUGCGCAAAAAAAACUCCUCGGCAGAGUCGUAUCUACAGGGGCCGGAAGAUCAUUGCUGAUAGAUGACGCCACUACGUCACUUUUGGACAAUUUGUAUAAACUUAUGGAAAGAGCCGCGAAAACCAAUUCUAAUUUAGACAAGAAACAGCCUGAGAAAGUUUUAAAGAAUAUCGUUAAAUUAUCCAUUAAGGUGGGUCUCCUACAACGUAAUCAACAAUUAAACGCCACCGACGACGCGAAACUCGUGGAAAUAAGAACUGCCCUUAGAGCUGUGGCAAUGUCUGUGGUCUCGUUUUACGAAUUGGAGUUCAGUUUCGAUCGGGCGUACUUAAUCAAAUCGUUAGAACGAUGCAGAACCGCGAUACAAGCACUCAUAAAGCCACAUCUCACAGACAAGUCACAAGAUCGGUGUGAUCAAGUGUUCGAUUUCUUAACGCAUUCCGACUUCUUGGACUCCGUUUUUAGACAGGAUUCGGAACACAGAUCUAUCCUCGGGAUGCUAGUUAGUGAUAUAAAUAAGGCCUUAGAUGCUGGGCAUCUUUGAUUCCUUUUUAAACAUGAAUGCACUUUCGUGACCAACGGGGAGCAUGAACGAAAAUUACCAAGAUAAUUAAGGGAGGAUAAUAACUCUUCUCCCUGAUUAUUUUUCGAAAAAAGAAAGCAAAGGGAAAGAAAGAAGUGUACGUGUGAUACCAGUUAUUUGCGAUCGCCUGUGUAAGAAAAGAUAAUGAUAAAUAUGUUUUCGACGCGAGAAAGGCUUUUGAAAUAUAAUGUUUCUCGUGAGAAUCGAUCGAUUUCACACAGUAGUGCUCACCAAUUUACGCAAUAAUUGUGAAAUACUCUAUUUAUUUUCAGAAUGUAUAUUGUUACGAUCAGUGUAUAUUUAUUUACGAGACUUGUGCGUUAGGAUAUCAAUUGUCAAUCUAUACCAAAAAAAAAAAAAAAAAAAGAAAUGAGCUUAUUUAUGCCCCAAGAUGGG